AUGAGUCUCAGUGAAGGGCCGGUCGGUGUCGAUGGUCGGCUGAGGCCAUAUGCCUUCAUCAAUUCAUCGUCUGAGUCAGAAGUCACAUCACGAACUCCUACGCCGCCGUUCACUCCUACCAGAGGCAAGAUUCCAAGCUUCAGUUCCGAUGCCUCUGUAGCAUUGGUAGGGCUGCGGGGCUCCGGAAAAUCGACAUUGGCUAUUAUGGCCGCGUCCGCAUUAAAAAAGAAAGUCAUCAAUGUUGAGGCGGCAUUCCAGUCAGUUACCGGCUCUUCCAGCUCAAACUUCAAGCAAAUCAAUGGAAACACCGAGUGCCAUCGAAAACAAGCCGAUGUACUUCAAGAAAUCAUCGAGCAGAAUCCGACAGGAUGCAUCAUCGUCUGUCCCUGGAUGGAGAGGAAAGUCCAAAGCCUCCUUCGACAGUUUGCAGUCACCAAUCCGGUCAUCCAUGUCCUGCGGGAUAUCGAUGCUAUCCAAGGUCACCUAAAGCUCAAGGAUAGGACAAAGGUGUACAACUUGAUGAAGAUGAGCAACUUGUUCUAUCGCAGCUGUACCAAUUUGGAGUUUUUCAACGUCUCCGAGAUCCGCGAGACCAAUGUUGAGGGGAAUGGGAUCAACGAUCGCGGAUUCACGACAAAUGCACCGUAUCUUGCUCUAAAACAAGCUGAGAGGCAUUUUCUCAAAUUCUUAUCGCUCAUAUAUCCGGCGGGUACGAUCCCGUUCUUUGAGUCUGCAUUUCCGCUUGCCAGCAUUGCACCUGAGGAUAGACAAUUUACAUACUGUCUCUCGGUCCAUAUUCAAGAUAUCUUGAGCGAAACUCAAGAUUGGGAAGAAUCAAUAAUCGGUGUGGAUGCUGUUCAGAUCUUCGUCAACAACUUGGCAACAACGGGAGAUCUCUCUGACGGCGCCGAUGGGUUAACGAACAAAAUUACUGAGGCCGUAGGAAUUGUACGACGAAGCACCAUGCUGCCUAUUUUGCUGCACAUCAAGUUGCCUGAAGUUCCAAACAAUAUGGUAGUGCGAUCAUACUUGGAUCUACUUUCACAUACCCUGUCUCUGGCCCCGGAAAUGCUCACAGUCGAUUUGCGCCUCGAUCAUUCUGAUCUCUCUAGAAUCAUUUCAGCAAAGAGCCGAUCAAAGAUUAUUGGAAACUACUUUGUAUCAACAGAUUCUCAAUCUUGGGAAUCUCCAGCUUGGACAUCCUGGUACCAGAAAGCGUGCCAACUUGGUUGUGAUAUGGUCCGAUUAGUUCGACAAGCCAAAACUAUGGAGGAUAAUUUUGUCAUUUCACGAUUCAAAUCAAAAAUUUUGUCUCUUAAAUCUCACAAAAUACCACUUAUCGCAUACAACUGCGGGCAUCUCGGUCGGCACUCGGCCUGCUUUAACCAAGUCCUUACGCUGGUGGCUCCCAGCCCUGUGAUACGAGCCGACGAAAGAUGCGCUCCUUUCCCCUACAUCACAGCGAAGGAAGCUACAAAUGCUUUAUAUGCGUCUUUUGUAUAUGAUGCAAUGAGACUCUACGUGUUUGGAGCCAAUGUGGGAUACAGCAUGUCCCCAGCGAUGCACAAUGCUGCAUUGUCAUCCUGCGGAAUACCACACCAUUAUGAACCCUAUUCCAGCGAGUCUCUCAAAGGCGUGGAACAUUUAAUAUACGACCCUAAUUUUGGCGGAGCAUCAAUUGGAUUACCUUUCAAAGUUGAAGUUACGACUUUGACCAAAUAUCUCAGCCCCCACGCCAGAGCGAUCGGUGCUGCCAACACUCUAAUUCCCAUUCGCCAGCUCAAGCCCGAUGGAACUAUCCCAACAGGCUCUGCGCUUUUAGCUGGCGUCAAUAGAGCUGGCCCUGUUCUUGCUUUAUACGGUGAGAAUACGGACUGGAUCGGUAUCCGAGCAUGCAUCCGACGCGGAUUAUCCCCAGCCAACGCCGUAAGAUUGGCCACAUGGGGAUUCAUCAUAGGUGCAGGAGGUAUGGCUCGUGCCGCAGUUUAUGCCAUGCUCCAGGUUGGCAUCAAGAACAUUGCCAUUUACAACCGAACGACAGAGAAUGCGGAGAAACUGGUUUCCCAUUUCCAGAAACUACUUCAAGAAACCGAACAGACUUCUCUAGCCAACGACCAAGAGAUAAAGUUCCAUAUCUUUACUUCACUCGAGGAGCCUUGGCCAUCGGAAUAUAGAUACCCAUCCGUCAUCAUAUCCUGCAUUCCAACUCAUCCGAUAGGCAACACGCCCUCACCCGAGUUCAGAAUGCCAGACGCAUGGCUAGGCCAUCAAACAGGAGGCGUCAUUAUCGAACUUGGGUACAAGACGCUAAACACGCCGCUCUUGAAGCAAGCUAGGGAUGGUGCCUCUCGAGGUUGGGUGGCUAUGGACGGUCUAGACCUGCUUCCAGAGCAAGGUUGCGCGCAAUUCGAGUUGUUUACAGGAAGAAGAGCUCCGCGACGAGUCAUGCGGAGAGAAAUCUUGGAGAAUUACAGAGAUGAGCAUGGGAAAUCACAUCUUGAGGAGUUACAACACAGAUUACAGUCCAUAGUUGAGCAGGACUCAUGA